AUGGAGAUACUCAGAGAAACCGUUGCUAGCAUACAUGCUAUUGACGAAAAUGGUUGCACGGCAUUACACAGAGCUGUUGAAUCUAACGAUGUUAGCGUAGUUCAGGAACUCAUUGAGAGUGGGGCUACACUAGAUGUUCAUGACAAUCAACAAAAAACUCCUUUGCAUCUUGCUACAAUUAAGGGAUAUAUUCCAAUAAUGAAAACCCUUAUUCAAGCAAAUGCAGAUAUAUAUAACAUUGAUGCUUGUGGCAAUAUGGGCGCUCAUAAUGCAGCAAUGGGUGGGAAACUUGAUGUCAUCACAGUUUUGUUGGAGUCCGGGUUUCAUGUAAACUGCAAAACUAAAGAAAGAGAUACAAUGCUUUAUUUUGCGGCUUCAGAAGGUCAUAAAGAAUUAGUGCAACUCUUGAUCAGUAAAGGGGCAAAAGUCAAUGAAAAAUGCGACAUGGAUCGCACACCAUUACAUGCAGCUGUUGAAUCUAACCAUGUUAGUGUAGUUCAGGAACUCAUUGAGAGUGGGGCUACAGUAGAUGUUCGUGACCAAGAACAAGAAACUCCUUUGCGUCUUGCAACAAUGAAGGGAUAUAUUCCGAUAAUAAAAGCUCUUAUUCAAGCAAAUGCAGAUAUAUAUGACAUUGAUACUGAUGGCAAUAUGGGUGCUCAUAAUGCAGCAUUGGGUGGGGAAUGUGAUGUCAUUAAUGUUAUGUUAGAGUCGGGGUUUGAUGUCAACUGCAAAACUAAAGAAGGAGAUACAAUGCUUCAUUUAGCAGCUUCAGAAGGUCACAGAGAAUUAGUGAAACUCUUGAUUAGUAAAGGGGCAAAUAUCAAUGACAAAAACAACAAUGGUCGCACACCAUUACAUGCAGGUGUUGAAUCUAACGAUGUUAGUGUAGUUGAGGAACUCAUUGAGAGUGGGGCUAGAGUAGAUGUUCAUGACAAUGAACAAUGCACUCCUAUGUAUCUUGCAAUAUAUAGUGGAUAUAUUCCGAUAAUGAAAACUCUUCUUCAAGCAAAAGCUGAUAUAUACUACGAAAAUGAAAUUUAUAAAGAUAUGGGUGAUCAUCAUAAUGCAGCAUUGGGUGGGAAAUGUGGUGUCAUUAUGGAUCUAUUAGCGUCGGGGUUCGAUGUAAACUGCAAAACUAAAGAAGAAAAUACAAUGCUUCAUUUAGCAGCUUUGAAAGGUCAUAGAGAAUUAGUGCAACUCUUGAUCAGUAAAGGGGCAAAUGUCAAUGACAAAAACAAUAAUGGUUGGACAGCAUUACAUGCAGCCGUUGCAUCUAACAAUGUUAGUGUAGUUCAGGAACUCAUUGAGAGUGGGGCUAGAGUAGAUGUUCAUGAUAAUGAACAAUGCACUCCUAUGUAUCUUGCAACAUAUAAUGGAUAUAUUCCGAUGAUGAAAACUCUAAUUAAGGCAAAUGCUGCUAUAUACUACGAAAAUGAAACUUAUAAAGGUAUGGGUGAUCAUAAUGCAGCAUUGGGUGGUAAAUGUGAUGUCAUCACAGUUCUGUUAGAGUUUGGAUUUAAUGUAAACUGCAAAACUAAAGAAGGAGAUACAAUGCUUCAUUUAGCGGCUUGGAAAGGUCACAGAGAAUUAGUGAAACUCUUGAUCAGUAAAGGGGCAAAUCUCAAUGACAAAAACAACAAUGGUUGGACAGCAUUACAUGCAGCCGUUGCAUCUAACAAUGUUAGUGUAGUUCAGGAACUCACUGAGAGUGGGGCUACAGUAGAUGUUCAUGACAAUCAACAAUGGACUCCUUUGCAUCUUGCAACAGAUUGGGGAUAUAUUCCGAUGAUGAAAAUUCUUAUUCAAGCAAAUGCAGAUAUAUAUAACAUUACUACUAAUGGUAAUAUGGGUGCUCAUGAUGCAGCAUUGGGUGGGAAAUGUGAUGUCAUCACAGUUCUGUUCGAGUCGGGGUUUGAUGUAAACUGCAAAACUAAAGAAGGAGAUACAAUGCUUCAUUUAGCGGCUUUAGAUGGUCACAGAGAAUUAGUGCAACUGUUGAUCAGUAAAGGGGCAAAUCUCAAUGAAAAAAACAGCAAUGGUCGCACACCAUUACAUACAGGUGUUGCAUCUGAAGAUGUUAGUGUAGUUCAGGAACUCAUUGAGAGUGGGGCUUCAGUAGAUGUUCAUGACAAUCAACAAUGUACUCCUUUGCAUCUUGCAACAAGUUGGGGAUAUAUUCCGAUGAUUAAAACUCUUAUUCGAGCAAAUGCAGAUAUAUAUAACAUUGAUACUUAUGGUAACAUGGGUGCUCAUUGUGCAGCAUCUGGUGGGAAAUGUGAUGUCAUCACAGUUCUGUUAGAGCUGGGGUUUGAUGUAAACUGCAAAACUAAAGAUGGAAGGACAAUGCUUCAUUUUGCGGCUUUAGAUGGUCACAGAGAAUUAGUGCAACACUUGAUCAGUAAAGGGGCAAAUGUCAAUGACAAAGACAACAUAGGUCACACACCAUUACAUGAAGCUGUUCAAUCUAACAAUAUUAGUGUAGUUCAGGAACUCAUUGAGAGUGAGGCUUCAGUAGAUGUUCAUGACAAUCAACAAUGGACUCCUUUGCAUCUUGCAACAAGUUGGGGAUAUAUUCCGAUGAUUAAAACUCUUAUUCAAGCAAAUGCAGAUAUAUAUAACAUUGAUACUGAUGGCAAUAUGGGUGCUCAUGAUGCAGCAGAGGGUGGGAAAUGUGAUGUCAUCACAGUUCUGUUAGAGCUGGGGUUUGAUGUAAACUGCAAAACUAAAGAAGGAGAUACAAUGCUUCAUUUAGCGGCUUUAAAAGGUCACAGAGAAUUAGUGCAACACUUGAUCAGUAAAGGGGCAAAUGUCAAUGACAAAAACAACAAUGGUUGCACACCAUUACAUGACGCUGUUCAAUCUAACAAUAUUAGUGUAGUUCAGGAACUCAUUGAGAGUGGGGCUGCAGUAGAUAUUCAUGACAAUCAACAAAAAACUUCUUUGCAUCUUGCAACAUAUUUAGGAGAUAUUCCGAUAAUGGAAACUCUUAUUCAGGCACAUGCUGAUAUUUAUUGUACUGACAUAUGUGGCGACAUGGCUGCUCAUGUUGCAGCUAAAUACGGAAAAAAAGAUGCUUUAGAAUAUCUUUUAGGAUUAGGGUUUGAUGUAAAAUGCAAAACCAAAACAGGAAACACAUUGCUUAAUUUAGCCGCUUCAAAAGGUCACAGAGAAUUAGUGCAACUCUUGAUCAACAAAGGAGCAAAUAUAAAUGACAGAGGCAGUUAUGGUUACACGGCAUUACAUUCUGCUGUUCAGUCUAACCAUGUUAGUUUAGUUCAAUACCUCAUUGAGCAUGGAGCUCAGGUAGAUGCUGAAAACGGUAUGCUCCAAACUCCUUUGCAUAUUGGAGCAAUCAUGGGUCAUUUGCCCCCACUGGAAACACUUAUUCAACAAAAUGCUUAUAUUUAUAGAAUAGAUAUGUGCGCUGAUACAUGUGCUCAUGAUGCAGCCUAUAAAGGGAGAUGUGAUGUUAUAGAGAAUAUGAUAAAGUCGGGGUUAGAUGUAAACUACCCAAACAAAAUGGGAAUUACAUUGCUUCAAUUAGCGGCUUAUAAAGGUCACCUUGAAUUAGUGAAACUCUUGAUCAGUAAAGGGGCAAAUGUGAAUAACGAAGACAUAUAUGGUUAUACGGCAUUAGAUGCAGCUGAAGAAUCGAACAAUGAGUGUGUAGUUCAAUACCUCACUGAAUCUGGGGCUAUGGCAAAUAAUCAUGAGAAUAAACAACCCGCAAAGCAUCUUACAGCAUUUAGAGGAGACUAUGUAGUAUUGCAAUCACUCAAACAGGAUAAUACUGAUAUAUAUAAUUUACCAAAUAAUGGCGAUAUGGGAUCUCAUGCAGCAACUAUUCAUGGGAAAUAUGAGAUAAUUGAGUUUAUGUUAGAGGCGGAAUUUAAUGUAAACUGCAAAACUAAAGAAGGAAAUACAAUGCUUCAUUUAGCUUCUUCAGAAGGUCACAGAGAAUUAGUGAAACUCUUGAUCAGUAAAGGGGCAAAUGUCAAUGAAAAAAACUGCAAUGGUCGCACACCAUUACAUGUGUAA